GCGCAAAAAAAAUAAGAAAAGAAAAACACACACAUAAGAAGAAAACUAAGCAGCUGAAAGACAAUAGCAGGACCACGAAUACGACACCAAAACGUGAUUUAUUUACAAUUUAAUUGCUGGCGCAGUGCUAAACAAGUUCGUGUGCGUCAGCAGCAGCAGCAGCAGAAGGGGAGCGAGGAGUGCGGCAGCAAUAUAUCGUGGCGCGCUGAGCGCCCCUCACCUCUUCCGCCCCAAUCACAAAGCACAACAGAAAGAAGCAGCAGCGAAUUCCAACUGCGAUUCCCAACAACAACAACGGCGAUUCUCAUAGCCAAUUCCCGAUAACCUUCGAUAACCAAUUUGGCAAUCGAAUUGUGAGUGAGCGAGCGCGAGAGCGAGACCGACAAAAUGCCACAAAUGAGAGCCGCAGCCGCUGAGGCGGCGGCAGCGGGCAGCGCCAAUGGUCAGCCGCUGGUGAAGAUCGGACAUUAUCUGCUGGGAGCCACAUUGGGCACUGGAACGUUUGGCAAGGUGAAGAUCGGCGAGCAUCAGAUCACGCGACUCAAGGUCGCUGUUAAGAUACUCAACAGGCAGAAGAUCAAGAGUCUCGAUGUCGUUGGCAAAAUUCGACGCGAGAUUCAAAAUCUCAAACUCUUUCGCCAUCCGCACAUCAUAAAGCUUUACCAGGUUAUAUCGACGCCCUCGGAUAUCUUCAUGAUCAUGGAGUAUGUGAGCGGAGGCGAGCUCUUCGAUUACAUUGUGAAGCAUGGGAAAUUGCAGGAGCAUCAGGCGCGUCGGUUCUUCCAGCAGAUCAUCUCGGGUGUGGACUAUUGCCAUCGCCACAUGAUCGUGCAUCGCGAUCUCAAGCCCGAGAAUCUGCUGCUCGAUCACAACAUGCAUGUGAAGAUCGCCGACUUUGGCCUCUCCAACAUGAUGCUGGAUGGCGAGUUUUUGCGCACCUCUUGCGGCUCUCCGAACUAUGCGGCACCCGAAGUUAUCUCCGGUAAACUGUACGCUGGACCCGAGGUGGACAUCUGGUCAUGUGGCGUCAUACUCUAUGCGCUGCUGUGCGGCACAUUGCCGUUCGAUGAUGAGCAUGUGCCGUCGCUGUUUCGCAAAAUCAAAUCGGGCAUCUUUCCCAUACCCGAGUAUCUGAACAAACAGGUGGUGAAUCUGGUGUGCCAGAUGCUGCAGGUGGAUCCGCUGAAGCGUGCCACCAUCGAGGAGAUCAAGAAGCACGAAUGGUUCCAAAAGGAGUUGCCCGCCUAUCUGUUUCCCUCCUCCAUCGAGCAGGACUCGAACGUGAUUGAUACAUAUGCUGUCGCAGAGGUUUGCACCAAGUUCGGUGUGAAGGAAUCGGAGGUGCACAAUUCGCUGCUUAGCGGUGAUCCGCACGAUCAGCUGGCGAUCGCCUAUCACUUGAUCAUCGACAACAAACGUUUCGCCGACGAUGCCGCCACCCAGAUCAGCGAGAUUAACAACUUCUUUGUGGCCGGCUCGCCACCGCCGCCGCCACCAGCAACCGCCACAUCAAACGCAGCUGCCACGCUGGGUCCUGGGAUGGGACACUCGCCGCACGACGGCAUCGAGUCGUCGUCGGUGGCCACGGUGACCAUUGGAGGCGGCACAGCCGCAAGCUCGGGCAGCGCGACACCGGUGCACAACGGACCCGGAUCGAAUCCGGCGAGUGCUGUGCCCACCAUACGGCCGCAUCCGGAGCGCAUUGCUCCGAUGCGUGAGCGUCAGCUGGCGAUGAGUGUGCAGAACACCGGAGGAGCCGCGUUCCCCGAGAAGACGGCUCGGGGUGGGACGCCGAUUAAGCGGGCAAAGUGGCAUUUGGGCAUCCGAUCGCAGAGCAAACCGAAUGACAUCAUGCUCGAGGUGUAUCGGGCGAUGAAAGCUCUGAGCUACGAGUGGAAGAUCAUCAAUCCGUAUCAUGUGCGUGUCCGGCGGCAGAAUGUGAAGACCGGCAAGUUCUCGAAGAUGUCGCUGCAGUUGUAUCAGGUCGAUGCCAAGAGUUAUCUGCUCGACUUCAAGUCGCUGACCAACGAUGAGGUCGAGCAGGGCGACGAUGUCAUCAUGGAGAGCUUAACGCCGCCGCCUUUAAGCGUCAGCGGUGUGAUGCCGUUGCAGCCGACGGGUCACCAUACCAUGGAGUUCUUUGAGAUGUGCGCCGCCCUCAUCAUACAGCUGGCGCGUUAAAGAAGCACCUCCCCAAAAAUAAUACCAAUAUUAUUACACUCUAUGAUUAUUAUCCUCUUUACUAUACAAUUUGUUUCGUCUGCGUUUUCGAUUUAGUUUUUUUUUUAUCGUGUUGCCAAGUCCCACUUUAUUUUGAGUGUCCUAACUAAUUAAUUAUAUUAUGCUACAUUAUUGUAUUACGCAAAACAAUGAAUUGAAAUCAGUUUUUAGCAUUGUAUUCGGCACUUUUUCCCCCCUCCACUUUUCCCGUUGUUAAACUAUUUGCUAAUGGUAUAUAAGUGCAAAAUACACAUUAUUAUUAUUA